AUGACUUUCGAAACUCUACUUGAACCAUUUCUAGGCUUCUUUCACUGCGCUGGUGAAGAAUUCAACGAUGAUGAUGUCACCAUGAUGGAAGUUGCCAUGACCAGCAGCAUGACGUCGAACCCAGCCUUGUAUUCCAUGCCAUCGAAGGAAAGCAUGGUAGAGGUGCGCCAGGACACGAUCCAGCGCUACGGAGCUUCCCCACUCUUCAAUGGCACUGCCAGUGUCCCAAUCUCCUUUGACGAUGAGAUGAACAAUACCCAUGAGGAGAAACGAGACGAUUCCAUGCGAUCGACCAGUUCUCGAUCGACGGAAGUUCGUCAAUCUCUGUCACACGCGAGUACGCCUCCUAGGACGACGGUAUCCACAACUAGCACACCUCGAAGAAAGAGCUCGCAGUCAACGCCGUCUAGAAACAGUCUCAUCACAUCAUAG